AAAAAAUAAAAAAAAAAAAAAAGAAAAAAGAAGAACCCCGUACAUUCUCAGUCCUCGGCACGCAGCACUAACGAUGAAUCAUAGUGGAUCAUGGGACUGAACGCCUCACACGACGACUGGAAGCGCCAGACCAAGUAUUUCGGCCACCAGAACGCCUCCAAAUACACCUGUCUGGUGUUCGACAACCGCGGCGUCGGCCGAUCCGACAAGCCCGUCAACUACUACUCCACCUCGGAGAUGGCGCAGGAUGCCGUCGAUCUUCUGAUUCACCUGGGCUGGAUCGAUCUCUCGGCGCCCGCCACCCGCUCCGUCCAUGUCAUCGGCGCCAGUAUGGGCGGCAUGAUCGCCCAGGAAGUCGGCAUGCUCAUCCCCGACCGGCUGGCUAGUCUGACCCUGUGCUGCACGGCCCCGCGAUUAGUCCGCACGGCGCCGUUCCUGGAGAACCUGCGCGAGCGCGCGAGCAUGUUCAUCCCCCGGCAUGUGGAUGUGGAGUUGGCGCGGCUGGGGCAUACGCUCUUCGGGGGCGAUUUUCUCGAUCAGCCGGAUACCGAGAACGAGGAUCCCGGGAAGAACUUCCCGACGAGGCGCGAGCGGUUUGCUGCCGGGCAGUUGAGGAAGCGGGAGGAUCCCGAUAGCUUUACGAAGAAGGGGUUCUUGAUGCAGAUUGUUGCGUGCUAUUUUCAUCAGAAGUCGCCGGAGCAGCUGAAGGCUCUGGGGGAUGCGGUUGGGCGGGAGCGGAUUGCUGUGCUGCAUGGGACGGAAGAUCGCAUGCUUACUUUUCGACAUGGAGAGAUCUUACAUCAGGAGAUCGGGAAGGGAAUCUUGUGGAAGGUGUUUGAGGGGAGCGGUCAUGUGUUGAUGUGGGAGAACGAAGAUGAGGUCAAUCAGUUGCUGGAGGGGCUUUUCGAUAGGUAUUCUUAAGGAUCUGGAGCGAUGGACUAGGUGCCUGGUCUGGCAUACUGACAUGCGUUGUAUACUAUUUGUACUUACGUAUACACAGUCCAUAAACGAGACAGACUCAGAGAACAUAAAUAAGGCUAAAUGAGGAAAGGCCAGAAGUAAAAGCAACUUAUGCAAUAUCCCCCCCCAAUACGAG